AUGCAAACCGAAUACGCCAAGAAGACGCUGGCAGCCCUAUGGGAAGGUCUGUGUAAACUCGCGGAUGCUGAUAAGGAUCAGCUGAUUUCGAUCGAUGAAUGGAUCAAUCUUUUGAGAAAAUCUAAGAAUAAUAAUGAGCGAAAGUGGUUUGAUGAAUACGAACGUUUCAUGUUCAAACUCUUCGAUGUUUCUUGCGAUGGAACAUUGGAUGUGGAAGAAUAUAUUGAUGGCAUGAAUGUGUAUGGAGUAAAACGUUCACAUGCUAAGGAAGCGUUUCAGAAGUUUGCAGUGGACGAGCAUGGGAAGCCAUUAACCCACGUCAGUAAGGAGAUGUGGUCUCGUUAUUUCAAUGACCUUUUCUACUCCAACGACAAGAACACCCCUGGAAAUCAUUUGUUUGGUAUCUCUGACUUGUAA